UAAACAGAGCCCUUCACUUUUGACAUGGAGCAGCUGACCAUUCAUAUGUUUUGUGUUGAAGUGGUGGCUUUUGUUCAGCUUGAGAGCUUCCGUGGAAGGACAAACCAAAAGCCAUGGUUGGCAGAGGAAUCAGCUCGCUGUGACACGAGCCAAUUGAUGGGUUUUUUUCUUUACCUAUCCCGCAUGCUUUGUCAGCCUAUGAUGGGAAGGUGCUGGUUUCUUUCAGAACAUGAUAUAGAGCCAUGGAUUAUAUUGCUUCCAGCCAUAGACGAAAGUACGUGCAUCUCUUUGAUAUCAGUUGAAUUUGAUCGGUCGGUGGACAGGCCGACCUCACCGGAUGGAAUGAACUUGCCUUUCCCGUCCCUUCAGCCAGAGCCAUCCUACAAGGCGUCAAGGCAGCAUGGCGUUCAGUUUCAUAGCGCGUGCAUGGAGGCCAAGCUGUCCAGGGGCCUGGUCAUGGCGGCGGGUAAGGAACCACCAGCCGGCGCAUCAUCAACGGCGCCGAGGGUGGACUACAACGCCUCGCCAUGCGAGCACGCCCAGACACUGAAGAUGUGCCUGCUCGACGCCAUCCGCGGCCUGUACGGCCCCAUGGACCCCGUGUCCGCGACGUCUUCCUCAGCACCGUCUGGUACGACGUCGCCUUCCUCCCUGGGGGCUGGGGCCAGCCGGCGGCGAGCCUGAGGUUGUAGAAUCCGACAUCUUUGGCCUGGUACGAGACAUGGCCACAUGGGCCGCUAAUACUGGGGUCGCUUCUGUGGUACAAGACAUGAUGAGUUCAGGACAAAGCAAGAACUCGAUCACUAACACACUAUAAAUCCGUACGCGCCGACUCGAUGUCGAUGGGGACGACGCCAAGCGAGGUUCAUCCGACUUGGCCGGCCCCUCCGUGAACCACUAACUCCGUUUGGAUUUACAGUCCAAAGGCCCAGGCCCAGCGAACGAAA